CGGUAACUGUCCUGCGCAGAAGUGCGUUUCCCGCGAAAGGGAAGACCGAGGAUUGGCUGAUAGUAGUUUGAAUCCCCGGUCAGGACUCGAUUGCUGGUAGUGAACAGAAGCACUUCAGCAGUAGUUUCUGAACCGCGAAGGAUAUCGAACGUGCCGGAAGAAACCGGAACCCCGAACCGAACUGUGCGCUGUAGUGGUGAUGUUCUAGUUCCAAGAAUGAGUUGUUCCAUUGCACUCCAGGAUAGCCAUAUGAUGUUACCAUACAGUGUAUCGCAGCAACAGCCACAGUUGGAGGAAAGUCACCAGCAACAACCGUCGGACGGUGCUCCGUUUGAGUCGUUUUUCUAUUCGGUGAACCCGGCCGGAAUCGUGCCAAGUGAUUUCCAAAUACCGCUGGAUUUAUCCCUGCGUCAAGGGAAUGUUCCAAUGACUCCACCGUCGACUCCAUCACCGCCGCGGAAGCGAACGAAAAUGUUCGUCGGCGAGGACAACGACGACGACGACUGGAAGUUGAAGUCGAUCAACAACAACAACGGCCAGCAGCGAUCAACGACCAACCAGUUCUGCGAUACGGUUUGUAUCGACGAUAAAAAAUACUACGCGAACACUACACUGUCGACGACGACAACGGCCAGCGCACGUUUCCGUUACUUCGAUGAUUCGGCUCGUUUGCCACCCUUCAAAUCUCUGCAGUCAACUUCGCCCAACACGACGACGACGAUCGUGACCACGAAUCCUGCGGACACGUUGACAGCAGCCCAUUCACCGGAUGGACCAAUCGAUGAAUUCAUCGACAUCACCGGACAGGAAGACUCCGUAGAAGCUACCUGUAGAUCACCGUCGAAUAUUGACGUGGAAUCUCUGGAUCCCGGUGGUGAUGACGACGUGGAUUACGACGACGACGACGACGACGAUAGCCAACAGUCGAUCAACAUUGUCGAUAGCGAGAAGGAGAAUAGCGACGCCGUAUUGGUCGAUGGUCAGCGUUACUUUCAAAACGAAAAGCUACACCUGCAAGCCAUCGAAGGAUUCGCCCGGUUGUUCGAGCGAAGUUUUGUCGGAUAUGAACAUCUUCAGUCGAAGGAACGGCCACCGAAGAGCUCGUCACAACGUCCGAAAGCGGAGAGACGGCGAAUCAAAACACGGAAACAACUGCUCGACGAAGACAACACCAGUCCGGUGUCGGGAACCAUCAUCCGGAAGUUACAGGACGGCGAAGAGCUGGUGGUACGCAAAGGCGAUAUCGAUCCGGCCUUCAACGUGGUUGAGAUCACCGACGAAGCGAAGGAGAUUCUGUCGAAGAUUGAGAACAAAAUCGGAUCGUACUUGUGUCAGCUGUGCCGGGCGUUGUACGACGACGCGUUCGGGUUGGCUCAGCACCGUUGUUCGCGGAUCGUCCACAUCGAGUAUCGUUGUUCGGAGUGUGAUAAAGUGUUCAACUGUCCGGCAAAUUUGGCCUCGCACAAGCGAUGGCAUAAGCCACGGGGUGCCGGAUCCGGUUCCGGUGGUGCAGGACCGGCACCGGUCACAGUUGGUGCUAGUGACGUUGGGGAUGAGGGUAAAAGAAAAAGUGUCCCGGUGGGAGGAGGAAUUCGUCCCGACGGUGGCGAACGAAAGGAUGAUGAGUGUGUGGAAAUUGUGGAUACUGACGGUGGUGAUCGUGGCGAGCCGGCCGGUUUUCAUGUUCCGGAGGAGAGCUUCCGGUGUGGCCAGUGCGGGAAGUGCUUCAGGAGACAAAGUUACCUGAAAAAACAUCUCCUGUCUCACCAGACAACACUGGACAUUUCGGGACGACCGAAUGGUACCGCUUCCGGUAUGAUAAACGCUGCAACACUGGCUCACCAGAAUGCAGCGGCGGCGGCAGCACUGUUCUGCGCUCAGCCCCAGUCACACUCGGUCAGUGGUGCGUUUCCUCGGGGUGCGACUACCGUCGGUGGUCUGUUUCCAUUCGCUGCAUACGGGAGCCACUUUCCGAAGGACGUUGGAAGCUAUUCGGAGUUCGAAAAAAGACGCUGGCAGUCGCUUAGUGAAUUGUAUCUCCAGCAGAGGGAACGGUUGUCCGCCUUCCAGUACGUUCGUCAUCACCAGUAUGAGGAUUAUCUAAAAAGCUUUCAACCUUUCCAAUUCGGACGAGACAAAACCUGACAAAACGUUCUGCGGCCAGUUCCGCGCCUUGCAGCACCAACCAAUCUUUGGCCACACGGUCAACCAACCUCCACGAGUACUCUGACGUCAUCGUCAUCGGUCACCGCUACUGUCAGUCCGUCGGCAGAAACAUUGCGACAGUCGCAGCCUACUAUGAAUGCCGUGGAAUCGUCGUUCCACCAUCUGUCGGCCGGCGGAACGUCACACAAUCAUCAGCCGACAACAGCCGC